UGGUGAACUUCCGCCUGAGUCAGUUUGCAGCAUUUCUAAGAUUUCCCGUGUGAUUUUCCUCUUUUUCUCCGUGAUCAGAUCCCAUAAAAUCACCCAACAUGUCUAGCCGUAAGACCAAGAAGAUGGUAAAGAAGAGGGCCCAGCGUGCCACAUCGAACGUGUUUGCCAUGUUUGAUCAGGCCCAGAUCCAAGAAUUCAAAGAAGCAUUCAACAUGAUCGAUCAGAAUAGAGAUGGUUUUAUCAGCAAAGAAGAUUUACUUGAUAUGUUGCAUUCCUUAGGUAAAGAGCCAACAGAUGAUGAAAUUGAAGGUAUGAUCUCUGAGGCAGCUGGACCUAUCAACUUUACCAUGUUCCUGACCAUGUUUGGUGAGAAGUUGAAUGGUACUGAUCCUGAAGACGUGAUAAAGAAUGCAUUUGGAUGCUUUGAUGAAGAGGGAUCUGGACAGAUAAAUGAAGACAGAUUACGAGAGCUGCUGAUGACAAUGGGGGAUCGAUUUACAGAAGAUGAGGUUGAGCUCAUGUUCCGGGAAGCACCUAUCAAGAACGGUAAUUUUGACUACAUCGAGUUCACUAGAAUCCUCAAACACGGCAAGAAAGACGAAUAAUACGCCUGUCCGCUCUUGGUGCUAAUUAUAAACAUGUAUGCAACACUGACUGUCUCCUGGUUUGUUGGAAAUGAAAAAUCGCGAGUCGAGGACGAGGUGGACAGAAAAUGGACGGUUUUGCAAUGACAUUUAUUUCAAAUGCCACAUAAUAUAAUAUUCAGAAGGUACAUAAUGCAGUUUUAACAGAAGUCAAUAUUUAGUUGUUUUGGUCAAUAUUUUCCCGCAGCAGAACUUUGGGGCAGUGAGUUUGAGGGUGGAAGUCUUUUGUAUAUUUUGCUCUGUAAAAGUGUGAUUUUCUUUCUAGAAAACAUUCUAAAUCAAAAUAUUCCGGAUUUGAUGUCAUUUGAUAUGAAACAGUGUGAUGUACUGUUCAGUUUUGAAAAGACAGUUUGGAACUGUCCUAACUGUACGAAUUAUAUGUUUGCCAUAGUUUACUCUGUGUACAAACAGAAGUGAAAAUUCAAAUAUUUUUCAGUUGUCAGCCAGAGGUUUGAACCAAGGGAAAAAUUCUGUGAUACUUUCACUCUACUGGAAAUGCUGUCUCUAUGUUUCUGUAUUCUGUGUUGAAUACCCCUCUCCACCCAUUAUAUCGUAUAGAGUCUCAUCAUGCAGCAUUCCAUUUUGACAAAUCCUGACAACUUUGACAGAAUAUGUUACAUUUUCAAGGCCUAUGAAGUUCUAAACAUUUAGGUACAGUGAAUAUAGUACACAUUCCAUAUUCAUUUGUAAUGCAGAGCUAACCAAAUUUACAAUAACUGUUUUAAGGAUCAUUUAUAUGAUUUAUAUUUUUUUAUGUUCCAAUGUAAAGUUUGUGUCAUUUCAGCAUUCAUGUGUAGUGUCGUGCAUUGCAUGAAUGAUCUUGCAGUAAUCAUGCGAUGCAGUGAACUCCAGUGUUUGUUUUGAGUGCAGUUCAUUUUUUUCCGUGGUGGUGCAACAUUGCUGACUCCUUCAAGUAAGUCCAACUGUAGAAAAUACACUUCUGAAAUCAUGUUGACCAUUUACGUCACCUAGAGAGCCUUCAGCAAUGAGCCAAGUUGAGGAAAAUUUGAAAGCCCUGUCAAUUUUUUCAAAAUUAUUGAUUUGGCUAACAUUUGAUAAUGGUGUUGGGUAUGUCUAACUUAGAGUGUAAAGCGAGAAUGAAAUGGCAUUUCAUGGAGAUAACUGCCUGGCCAUGUGGCUGGCUGUCCACUGCAUUGGUUUAAUGAAACACUUUCUCCGGCCUCGAAUUUGUUAAAAAUUCUGAAGGCACCCAUGGAGAGCCAUUUUUUGGCCUUGGGUAUUGGAUAAUGUGGAAAAAGGGUGUUCAGAUUGUCUUCCGAAUAUUCCAAUGCACUAAUCCUUCUAGGACUGAUAGUGGGUGUUUUUUUACAGCAUGCCACCAGUUAAAGAGAGGUGGGUGCAUUAAAAUGUAUGUUAGUAUACCGGAAAAGUGGAUUUUCAGUCAAGUUUUAAACUCUACACGCAUCGUUUUGUUGCCAAAGGUCACCACCAGUCCUAGAAGGGUUAGUGCUUCUCAUUCAAUUAUCAUAAUCGUAUAAUAAGUUGUAUAUAAUUUAAUCAAUCAAUAUACUUAAUGCUAAGCUUAUUUCAGUUACAUUUAAUGAUGGUUUACAAUGUACUACAAUAGUUCUGUGUGAAUGGCCACUUGCACAAGUUAAAACAGGGCAUUUUAACACAUAAAACAUAUAAAACUUUCACCAAAAACUUAGGAAACCUCCUUGCCCCAACUCUCAAUCCAGUUUUGUCCUUUUUUGGAUUCUUUUGCAUAGGCCCUACUACUUCACGAAAAAUGUUCUAUCGUUUUGUUGAUGCAAGGUUUGUUUUUCCAUGACGAUAUUACAGUAAUAAAUGAAAGGGAAACGAGCCUACUCCACUGAUAAUGGGGUUCCAGUUAAAACUGAUUUUCUGGGAUAAAAAUGUUGCUCAGAAUAAGUUGAAACUUCUCCACAUUCCUUGAUGAAUGUUUGGCGCGUAUUUUCCUGGAAAACUUCUUUUUACGCUUCACUUGUAUUCCAAUGUAGAAUCUUAUACUGUAAGUAAAUAAAUAUUUUCAGGUAACCAAAA